GAUUUAUAUAUUUAACAAAUGUUCAAAUAAAUAAGUCUUCCAAAAUAUCACUUGAUAUAUAUAUGUAUAUAUACACACAUUUUGAGAUAUAGACUAUGAUCUCUUCACCCCACUCUUCUUUUCUUAAUUCAGCCAUUUCAUCUCGUCAACAUCGAGGGAUUCAAUUUAACACCUUGGAAAACCCUAAUUAAUACGAUGAGAAUCACACAAAACGUCAAGCUCUUACUCUUGUUCUUCUUCAUCUCCAUCCUCCUCGUGGCCGUAUCCGCAGGCGAGUCUAAAUGCGAGUGUUCACACGAAAAAGACAAAGAAAACACAGCGGGAGCUAGGAAAUACAAGAUCGCCGCCAUACCUUCCGUUCUCGCCGCCGGAGUUAUCGGCGUUCUCUUUCCGUUAUUAGGAAAAUUCGUUCCGUCGUUAAGACCGGAGACGAAUUUCUUCUUCGUGACGAAAGCCUUCGCCGCGGGGGUAAUCCUCGCGACGGGGUUUAUGCACGUGUUGCCGGAAGGUUACGAGAAGCUGACGUCAGCUUGUCUGGAAGGAGAAGCUUGGGAGUUUCCGUUCACUGGGUUUAUAGCGAUGGUCGCAGCGAUUUUGACACUCUCUGUUGACUCCUUUGCCACGUCAUAUUUUCAUAGAUUGCAUCAUAAGACGUCUAAGAGGAUCGGUGACGGUGAAGAGCAAGGCGGUGGCGGUGGCGGUGGCGGUGGAGACGAGCUUGGGUUGCACGUGCAUGCUCAUGGUCACACGCACGGAAUUGUCGGCGUCGAAUCUGGUGAAUCCGAGGUUCAGCUUCGCCGGACCCGAGUUGUGGCCCAGGUGUUGGAGGUGGGAAUAAUAGUACACUCAGUGGUAAUAGGAAUAUCACUGGGAGCAUCACAAAGUCCAGACACUGCCAAAGCUCUCUUUGCUGCUUUAAUGUUUCACCAAUGCUUCGAAGGUCUUGGCCUUGGUGGUUGCAUUGCUCAGGGAAAUUUCAACUGUAUGUCAAUUACAAUAAUGUCACUCUUCUUCUCGAUAACAACACCUAUCGGAAUUGCGGUCGGAAUGGGAAUUGCAACAUCUUAUGAUGAGUCGAGUCCAACGGCUCUGAUAGUGCAAGGAGUCCUUAACGCUGCAUCUGCAGGCAUCCUCAUCUACAUGUCUCUGGUGGACUUUCUUGCAGCAGAUUUUAUGCACCCCAAAAUGCAAUCAAACACUAGGCUUCAAAUCAUGGCCCAUAUCUCUCUUCUUGCCGGCGCCGGCGUUAUGUCACUCUUAGCUAAAUGGGCCUAAAAUGGCCCACGAUUACGCUUAUAGUUUUGUUAAUACGACGAGAUGAUGUUUCUUAAUAAAUACUGGUUUAGAAUUUUUACUUUGUUUCACCCAAAAUUGUUGUUUUAAUUAAUGUAGAUUUGUAUACAGAAAUUAUAAAGAGAAAGUUAUAAAGGAUAUUAACAAAAGGUCUUAUGACAAAAAUAAAUAUUUUU